AGACGACCAACAAUCUGGAUCAAUGAUGCAUGGGCGGCAGAUGAGAUCCUUGUCAAACGUUCCAACAUCUACAACUCUAGACCACACAUGCUCAUGUUUGGCGAGCUGAUGAAUGGACAAGAUAAUCUCAUACACAAAUAUACAUACACCAACGAGCAGCGGGAGAGAUUCCGCGUCCUGCGCAAAAUCACCCAUCAUGGCGUUGGGAUACAACAAGUUCAACAAUACCGCGAAUUUCAAGACGACGAGAACAAAGUGGUAGUAUACGAUCUCCUCAAAACACCUGAGCUAUUUGCUUCACAUUUCGAACGCUAUGCAGCGAGCGUUGUCUCUAUUGUUGGAUUCGGACGUCGUAUCUCUAACAGUCAAGAUACGUUGAUUACGGAAGUCAUCGCUCAGAUGCAACAUGCUGCUCAUCUUGCUGUUGUGGCAAAAGACUGGCCACGCAUCAUCGAGACAUUUCCUUGGCUGGUAAAGCUUCCACGUAGUAUCGCACCUUGGUUACGCAACGUCAAACAGUCUAGCAAAACAAAAUUCGGUCGCGACGCCUUUUUCUAUGCCCUCGCCGAAGAAGCACAGGAUGCACCGGACGAAAACUACGCAAAAUUUCUCUUUCGUGAAGCACCGCAACACAAGCUUAGCUCCGGCGAAGUCUCCAGUCUUGUCUCUAAUCUGUUUGGUGCGGGUGCAGAUACUUCCAGUAGCACCCUCAUCACAGCUGUAAUGGCUAUGCGCGCCUUCCCCGAGACCUUGAAACCUGCCUGGGACGAACUCGAUCGCGUGGUAGGCCACUCAAGAAGCCCUACUCUCGACGACGAACUGUCUUACGUCCGUGCCUUUGCCAAAGAAGUCUUCCGCUGGCGCUCAGUAGCCGUUGUUGGAGGAAAACCUCAUGCGCCAACCCAAGAUGACUACUGGAACGGCUACUACAUACCCAAGGGAACUUGGAUACAAGGAAAUGUAUGGGCUAUCCAUCAUAACGAGCGCGAGUUUCCGGAUCCUGAUCGCUUCAAUCCGAGAAGGUUCCUUGACACAGAAGAUCGAAGACCGUUUCCAGGAGAGAGGGGAUACAUGACGUUUGGAUGGGGGAGGAGGAGUUGUGCUGGUCAGGCUCUAGCUGAGCAGGGCACGCAUCUCAGUGUUGCGCGCUUACUCUGGGCUUACCGCGUGGAGCCUGCUGUCGAUGAGAAGACGGGGAAGGAGAUACCGGUUGAUAUUUGGAGCUACACAAAUGGAUCAAAUUGGCGUCCUCAGCCUUUCAAAGUCAAAUUUGCACCUAGAAGCGAGGGGAUUAAGAAGACUAUUCUUCGUGAAGGGGAGGAAGCACUAAUGCGUCUGGCAAAGUAUGAUAGGCAGGCGAAGUAUAUGCUUGACUCUAAGAAGUAA